UCGACUGUCCAGAACACGCCGGGCAUCACCACGCUCACGACACCCAUCCAGACCACCGCGCUGCAGGUUCCUACGCUGAUGGGCAGCAACAUUCUGACCACCGUUCCCAUGGUGAUUGGAGGUGGAGACAAGCUGCCAAUCAAGCAGCUCUCCUCGGGCACCGCCCACACGGGGGGCGGGGCCAGGGUGGGCAUGGAACAAGGCGCGGCCGUUACUGCGGGAACGGGAGGAGUCGUGAAGGAGGGUGAGAGACGGACGACACACAACGUCAUCGAGAAACGCUACCGAUCGUCCAUCAAUGACAAAAUCCUGGAGCUACGCAACCUCGUGAUGGGCAGCGAUGCCAAGGUGUGUGCACCACAUUGCAUGCUGGGAUGUGUGGAGCCCAGGUGACUGUCUGACAGUCUGUUUG